AUGGCUGUGAUAAAAAGUGCUUUAGUGAUUAUAAAUCUGGCGCUAAUUCUUACGGAAAUAUUUGCAGAAAAUGGCAAUGACACAAUUUCUGAACCGAUACCGUGUAUCGAAGAAGGCAGAUUUUACAGGAAUCCCGCAAGGUCUGCACACAGGCUCUGGACGAGCGAAGAGUGCUCCAAGUACUUUUUGUGCCUCGAUGGCGAAGUGUUCGAAUUUCGAUGCAGUUCUGGAUUACUUUUCGACGUUUCGAGACAAAUCUGCGAUUUUCAAGCCAAUGUCGACAAUUGCGACAUUACCGCCGAAGAGAAAAUUCCAAAGCCUCUGCUCGAGGAGGCGGGUUGUGAUAUUCCAGGAGAGACUGGAUGCGGAGACGGAACUUGCAUACCAGAACAGUAUUUUUGCGAUGGAGCUCUCGAUUGUCCUGAUGGAUCUGAUGAGGGACACUGUGAUUUAAUCACCCACAUAAUUUCCAAACACUCUGCACCGCCAUGCGACCCCUUCAGGUGCCAUCUGCCAGAAUGCUACUGCACGGCCUCUCAAAUACCAGGCGGCCUUCCAGCCUCGGAAACUCCUCAAAUCAUCUACGUUUCUAUAACCGGAUCCGUGACUUCAUCAGAAGAUGAUGACGACUAUGAUCUUCUGUCGAGGGGCCUGUUUCCGCAAGGGCUCGUGCGGAAUCCAAAUGGGUGCCCCCCGAGGUUGACGUGGUUUUUGACGCACCGAGAUACCGAUUAUGCGAGCGUCCAAAAGAUUUGGCACGAUGGACACGAAAUUGGAGUCAAUUCAGUAACGCACCGUGGUCCUUCUGAUUGGUGGGCCAGAAAUGCAACAAUAGAAGAUUGGUUUGAUGAAAUGGUCGGAGGUGCCAAUAUAGCCAGAAGGUUCUCAUCAGUCCGAUCACAAGAAAUCCGGGGUACGAGAGCCCCGUUUUUAGCACCAGGAUCAGAUCGACAGUUUUUGAUGAUGCAGGAAUUUGGUUUUGAAUUUGACAGUUCUCUGAGAAGUAAUGGGACAUACUGGCCUUACACUUUGGAGUACAAGAUGCCCCAUCAAUGCAUAGGAGAAUAUCAAACAUGUCCAACCCGCAGCUAUCCUGGUAUCUGGGAAUUCCCUAUCAAUCCAAUAGCACCCAUGGAUGGGCCUAUUAAUCGUGUAGACCCAACAUGUGCAAUAUUGGAUCCAAAUACAGAAUGUGGCUCCAGAAUAUCUGGUGAGGAAGCUUUUCGAUCAUUCAGUUUGGCUUUUGUCAGAAGUUACAAGACAAAUAGGGCUCCUGUUGGAUUUCACUUCAGAAGUUCAUGGUUGAAGAUAAGGAGAAACUUUGAUGCUUUCCAAAGAUUUUUGGAUGAAGCUUUAAGAAGAAACGACGUUUAUCUGGUCACCAUGCAUCAGGUUUUAGAAUGGAUUAGGAAACCAACACCAUUAUCACGAAUUUUAGAUUUCGAGCCUUGGAAAUGCCCAAAAAAGCAUUUUGCGCCUGACGAAAGACCGUGCAAGGUACCGAACAAUUGCAAAUUGUUCAGCAGACUUCUUCAACAAAACAGGAUCCUUAGAACCUGCAAGACUUGUCCAGUGCAGUAUCCAUGGAUCAGAAAUGAAUUUGGCAUUGACUAA